GUCUAAAAUAAGAAAUGGAGGAGAAUAAGACUACAAAAGGCGAAGGAAAAGGGCCCAAAACAACAGGAAGAUGGAAGACUCAUGAGCACAAGUUGUUUGUUGAUUGUCUCAAGAAAUAUGGAAAGGAUUGGUCGAAGUUAGAGAAAUCAGUUCCAACGCGAACAUCAAUACAAAUCAGGAGUCAUGCUCAGCAUUAUUUUGAUAACAUUAAGAAAGAAUUAAGCAUUGAAAACCCAAUUGAGUAUAUAAUGGGGAAAUCUCAAGAUGAUGCCAGGUUAAGAAGUAGGAAAGAAGAUUUUAUAUCAAGACCGAAAUAUCAAAAUGAUUCCAAUAUUCGAGACACUCUCAUUAGCCAAGAUAAUCUUGUUUCACAUGAAAGCCAAAAGAGGAAAUAGGAGAAAUAUUGAGCCAUCACAUUACAGAUACUCUGAACAAGGACCUCAAUAUUCAUCGAAGUAUUUCAAAGACCAAUAUGGGGCCCACAGAGAUGUAGAGCUACCUCAGGAAUCAGCAUAUGUAUACUUAGACAAAGAUAGCGUUACAGUCAAAGCCCAACAAAUCGAGGUGAAUGUUUCACCAAUCGAUCUGAAUAGUACAUUUCUCAGACAAAGAGAAAUAGAUAGUAUUGAAUCGAACCAACAGGCUAAUUUCAAGGUUCUUCCGUUCUCAGAUGAUGUAAAUUCAUCUAAUUAUGGCCAUAAGCCAAAUGAAUUUACAGAAAAAGAAUCAUUUUCACAAAAGCAUAGAGCUUACUCAAGUUAUUGAGCUCCAUUAAGCCCAUUUCAGAAAAUACUUCUAGAAGCAUGAGGCAAAGUAUUUUGUCAAUGAGACAAUAAAUUCAAAAUCUUUGAGUGCUCGAGUAGUAAAACUAAGUUAUCCAGCAAUAGUACUCUCAUAGAAAAUGGAGACUCAAGAGGAAGCUUCUUAUCACGACCUUCAGAAGGGAUCUCUGGAAAACUACAACAGUCAGAUUUUUCGAAAUAAUUCUCAGCCAGGUUAUCUAGAGAAGGAUAGUCAAGAAUACCGAGGUUAGCAUUGUGUAUACCAACUUCCUCAA